AUGGUUUCGAAGUCCCUCAUAAGUUAUUGUGCAGUCAUUGGAACAGUUGCAGCCGCUACUGCGUCCCAGCGCUCAACAAUUCUCUUGCGUCGCUCCUUAGCAGAGGUUUCGUACAAGAACUGGCCAUCAUAUGCAGAGCUACCACUCGACCCCUCUUAUCCUACGAAAGCUGCCUGGGGCGUUUGGGGCGACAAUGACACUGGAGGAGCCUUAAAUCAUAUCACCAAAGAAACGAUCAAAGGCGCUGCAAAAGAGAUUAAGUCAGGACAAGCUUUCAAUUUGAACCUGGAGCUUUCAUUCAUUCCAUCGCCAAUCAAUCCAUCAAGAAAACCACUUGUCCAUUUAUUUCAGCCCGGAGAUACUUACACGGAUGAUGUCGUCACACUAAACACUCAAAUGAGCACUCAAUACGAUAGUUUGAGACAUUUUGCCUACAACGAAGGUACUGACAGAAGCACCUGGAGAUGGUAUAAUGACCACAUCAAGAACUAUGAGGAAGAGGUCAUUGGUUUCAACCAUACCGAUGUUCUAGGUAUUCAGCAAGCAGCAGAGAAAGGCAUCGCUGCUCGUGGAGUCCUUCUAGACUACAAAGGAUGGAUGGACAGCAAGAACGAAACUUUCAACGCGAUCGCAACUCACCCAGUCUCUGUAUCCGACCUGAAACAAGUAGCCGAGUGGCAAGGCCUUAGUGGGAACUGGUCCAAGCCUGGCGACGUGCUUCUCAUCCGAUUCGGUUGGAUUGAAGCUUUCAGCAAGCUAAACAACACAGAGAAACAAGCUUAUGUUCUCGAAUCAGCAGGAUCUGCGGGCCUAAAGCCCACAGAUGAAGCUGCUGAAUGGCUCUGGGAUCAGAAGUUUUCUCUUGUUGGAGCCGAUAACCCAGCAUUCGAGCUAGAUCCAUUUAACGGAACGAUACAAAGCACUACGAGGAGCUUUCACGAAAUUCUGAUUUCAGGCUGGGGAACGAGCAUCAUGGAGUUCGUGGAUACGGAAGAACUCUCCAAGGCACUCCGAGCUGCCAACAGAUCUACUUUCUUUUUGACUGUUCAAACACUGAACGUCAGAGGCGGGAUAGCAUCUCCCCCAAACGCACAAGCUAUCAUUUAA